UGUGUCAAUCCUGAUCUUUAAUACUUCUCGGCAGUGCUUUGUUGUGGUGAAGCAGUUCCGCCCAGCUGUUUACAUGUGUGAAGUAGAAAGGCAUCAUCCUCAAGUCUUUCGGAAUCAGGACAAAGAGAGCUUCUCUCAUCUAGAGGAUCCCUUACCUGCUGUGGUAGGGGUGACCUAUGAACUCUGUGCUGGCAUUGUAGACAAACCAGACCUUUCUUUAGAAGAAAUUGCAUGUGGGGAAAUCUUAGAAGAGUGUGGCUAUCGUGUUCCUGUUACAGGCCUAAGGAGGAUCACUUCUUACAGGUCUGGAGUUGGUGUGACGGGUUCUAGGCAGACAUUAUUUUAUGCAGAAGUAACAGACCAGAUGAGAACUGGUGAAGGAGGUGGCCAGCCUGAAGAAGGAGAGCUGAUUGAGGUUGUAGAAAUACCUUUGGAAGAAUCCAUGAAGUUUGCUUAUGAUGAGACUCUCCCCAAGACGAUGGGUGUCAUCUUCAGCUUCAUGUGGUUCCAAAACAACAUAGCACCCAAGCUACCAAAAAAAUAAAAACAAAGCACCGUGGUUUUACGAAAAGCUUUCCUGCUGGUUCUGUGGCUACAGAAAACUGCAGCUCUGCCUGCCUCAAUAAACUCAACUUUUCACAGAGCAAAUCUUUCUUGAAAUAAAUUUAGAAACAAAAUCUGAGUUAAAAUC